UGGAGCGGGUGGGUCGUUCCCGCAGCAACAGGGAAGAUGGCCGCCCUCACAUCUUUCACCCAGCUGUCAUGUGGGAACCCAGUAUUUGAAAACUUUUACAGACAGGUGGACCCUGGAAAUACUGGGCGUGUGGGGCCUACAGAAGCUGCAUUGUUCCUAAAAAAGUCAGGACUGCCAGACAUAACGUUGGGAAAGAUCUGGGAUUUGGCUGAUCCAGAUGGCAAAGGUUAUCUGGACAAGCAGGGGUUUUAUGUUGCUCUGCGGCUGGUAGCCUGUGCCCAGAGUGGUCAGGAGAUCAGUCUGUCCAGCCUCAGCCUCACUGUUCCACCUCCUAAGUUUAAGGACACCAACAGUCCAUCACUGAGCAGCACAACUUCCACUUCGGCUGAAUCACACUGGGCUGUCAGGCCAGAGGAAAAAAAUAAAUUUGAUGGGAUUUUUGAAAGUCUGGCUCCCGUCAAUGGACUGCUGUCCGGGGAGAAGGUCAAGCCAGUCCUCAUCAACUCCAAGCUGCCUUUAGAUGUCCUGGGGAAGGUGUGGGACCUGAGCGACAUUGAUAAAGAUGGCCAUCUUGAUAAAGAUGAGUUUGCUGUGGCUAUGCACCUUGUCUACCGGGCCUUGGACAAAGAGCCUGUUCCAGCUCUCCUGCCUUCCUCGCUCAUCCCUCCAUCAAAGAGGAAGAGAAGUUUGGGUUCUGUGGGUAGCUCUGUGCCAGGACUACCCGCAAGUCCACCACCACCCAAAGAUUCCUUGCGUUCCACCCCAUCCCACGGCAGCAUGAAUUCACUCAACAGCACUGGAAGUCUGUCACCCAAACACACACUGAAGUCAGGACAGCAUUCAAUAAACUGGGUGGUCCCAGUGUCGGACCGUGGUCGAUACGAUGACAUCUUCCUGAAGACAGAUGCCGAUCUGGAUGGUUUUGUGAGUGGCUUGGAAGUGAAAGAAAUCUUUAUGCAGUCAGGACUUUCGCAGAAUCUCCUUGCCCAUAUAUGGGCUUUGGCAGACACCAGGCAGAUUGGUAAACUGACUCGUGAGCAAUUUGCCCUGGCAAUGCAUUUCAUCCAACUGAAGGUCAACAAAGGCAUCGACCCUCCUCAGAGUUUGACGGCUGACAUGAUCCCACCCUCAGAGAGAGGAACACCUGUGGCGAGUAUAUCAGGUUACAUCACUCCAGAAAUGGCUGCGCUGUCUGAGAUGAGGCGGGCCUUAAUGUUCAAGCUGUGGGACAGCUCCAGUUCUGUUGGUUCCGGGGAGUUCACUGGUAUCAAAGAAUUGGAUGACAUCAGCCAAGAGAUUGCCCAGUUACAAAGCACACUUGCCUUUACCCAGUGGAAUGCUCUCAGGGAGAAAUACACACUAGAACAAGAUAUCCGGGAGGCGGAGGAGGCCAUCAGGCAUAAGAGUGCUGAGGUGCAGGAUAUGCAGAAUGACUUGGACAGAGAAACAGCCUGCCUGCAAGAGCUGGAAUCCCAGAAACAAGAUGCACAAGACCGUCUGGAGGAGAUGGAUCAACAGAAACAUAAGCUUGAAGACAUGUUGAAUGAAGUCCGGAUGAAGUGCCAGGAGGAAUCUCAGAUGAUUUCAUCCCUCCAGAGUCAGAUCCACACUCAGGAGUCAGACCUGCAGAGCCAAGAAGAGGAACUGAGCCGGGCAAAGGCUGAUCUGGGUCGUCUGCAACAAGAGGAGAAUCAACUUGAGCAAAGUCUGGCUGCGGGCAAGAUCCAACUGGAGACAAUCAUCAAGUCUCUGAAAGCCACGCAAGAUGAGAUCAACCAGGCACGCAGUAAGUUGUCACAGAUUCAAGACAGUCAGCAGGAAGUGUCCAAAAGCAUUGAACAAUACAACAGCACCUUAAAUGGAACCAAUGGAGGCAGCAUGACAAAUCUGGCUGACAUGAGUGAGGGCUUCAGUGACCGAGAGAAUGGUGGAUUUCCACCUAUGAGAGCAUCCCAGGAGGAUCCAUUCAAAGUGAAACCAUCUGCAUUUAACAGUCAGCCUCAGGAGGUUCACAUAGACCCCUUCCACUCUGAGGAUCCCUUCAAAACAGACCCCUUUAAAGGUGACCCUUUCCAAACUGACCCAUUUGCAAAGCAGCCAUCAGUAACUGCAGAUCCAUUCGGAGGGGAUCCAUUCAAAGAGAAUGAUCCAUUCAAGGCCUCAUCAGAAGAUUUUUUUAAGAAGACGACAAAGAUGGAUCCCUUUUCCACCUCAGACCCCUUUAGUAAAAGUGCCACUUUGCCUUCAAAGCAACAAAUAAGUCACUUCACAAGCAGUGAUCCGUUUUCAUCGAACAACUCCAAACCUAAAGGCCAAGAUCUCUUUGGUGCAUUGGAUCCAUUUGGCAGCAAUUCAUUCAGCAGCAGUUCAGCUGGAUUUGCUGACUUCAGCCAAAUGUCAAAACAGAGGGAUCCAUUUGAGGGGCGGGCUAGCUGGCUGCCAGAGUACCAGAAGACUCAGUCUGUAUUUGUGGAUGAUCCAUUCAGCAGGAAGAAUGAUACACCAGCUCUGCCUCCAAAAAAAGGUGUCCCUCCAAGACCCAAACCUCCUAGUGGUAAGACAACACCUGUGAACAUGUCGGGGCCAACCGAUGUGUCCAAACAGACUGACCCCUUCCAGCCAUUCGGCCGAGACGCAGUUGACCCGUUCCAGACGAAAAAGGGACUGGUCGACCCAUUCAGUGGCAAAGAUCCUUUUGCUCCAUCAGCAGCGUCAAGACCUGAAAAAACCAAGUUUGGGAACGAAGCGCAGCAGAUGGAAUGGGCAAAGCGUGAGAGCGAACGAGCAGAACGUGAGAGGCUGAAACGACUCAGACAACAGGAGCAGGAGGACCUGGAGUUGGCCAUUGCCCUGAGUAAGGCAGAGAUGUCCAACGCCUGAACACAUUCCCUGGGCCACAGACCUCUGUGGAAUACGUGGAGUUGAGACAAGCUGACAAACAUUACUGACAUUGAAGUAUCCACACACACACAAAGCACAUAAUGGGGCCACUAUCUGCUGUUCAUGCAGCCCUCAUCACACAUGCUUUACAUUCAAUCUCACUGAGAGCGACAAUGUUGUCUGGGUUGAUUUGACAGCUGACGCUGCUUCGCAGAGAAUAACAGAAGCUGAGUGAGGUGGGAUGGCGAGCGCCGUGUUUGGCAAAGUGAGCUUUUAUUACGGCUAUCAAGUGUUCUGGUGAAGAGGCAAACAUUUUUGGCGCUCUGAGUGAUUUCUUCUAAACCAUUCUCACCGACCUGUGCAGUCAGGCGUGCGUAAUAUCAGUUUGGGCUUCUGACAAGCUUGUAUUUAGGGUGGGGUAAGACCUUCACCUGAGUACCUCAGCAGGCUCCCCUUGUCAUGUAACUUGAGAAUAUUUGGUUGGAAAUAUUCCCAGAGGAACUCUAUGCACCACAUGCUAUUCCAAUUAGAGAGGUAGUGUAUUCCCCUUGUUAAACUUAGAAAUGCUUCCUCCCACGUGCAGAUUCUUGUGUGGAGGGUUUGGACUUAAUUUAAUGUCAAAAAUCCGCUUGGUGAGACACUCCUGCGAUGUAAUGGAUGCUUUGGUGGUCACCCAAUUAUCCUAGGCAUAUCCAUGGAAUUUCCCACGUUUUAAUAUUGACAACAUAAAUAACAGCUAAGUGCGGCUAUCUCCUGUGCCCAUUGUGAAUUAAGCUGGACAUCAACACUGUGAAGGUCAACCAGCUGUAACAGAAAGUCAUGAUGAGGGAAGUCACUUUUAUCUUGUUUUUGUUUUAUGGAGAAGCAUUUUAACAAUUUUAUUUCACCUUUUGUUAUUGUUCUAAAUGUAUUAUAAUAUUACAUACAGUAUAUUUUGUAACUUUUAAGAUUAACAAAUAUGUGCUAAUAUUUGGAUGUUUAGUUUAGCACCGGCUUCACAGCAGAAUCUGGAUUUUUUUUUUUAACUGGUCAUGUUUCAGAGAAGCUGCCACUUUACUUGAAGUUGCUCAAUUUGGCAGAAUUCCAAAUGAUUCUCAGAUGAACUUGGAGGUUCAUAUCUUGUUCAUUUCACAGAGGUCUGCUCUACUACUGUUUCAGGUUUAGUUUUGACACCAGACCACUGGUGUGCAUCUCUCAGCUGUUACUUUACUACUUGGACAGUUGAUUGUCUUGCAUGUUGUUUGUUUGUUUGGGGGAGAGGAGACCAUGGUUUGGCUUGUGUACUGCCGAUUCUGCUGGUGCUGGGUUGGUGUUGACAAAACAAACAGCAUGAAGCCUAAUAUUCGAUUGAUUUCUGAAAUCGAAAUGGAAUCUCAAUAUCAAACUCCAACGUUUGCCAUGUUUUGUCAGCAUACUCCCAAUAACAGUUCUGAUGACUUUGUCAUUGAAAGUUGUUUCCUGACCUAGACUUGUAUUGUGAUACUAGGAGUAUCAUUUUUUAGUAUCAUUGAUGAGGACGAUGAUUCACACGGUUCCUUUCAAACACGGCUGAAGGUUGUCUCUAAGGUGACAUCCUUGUGGUACUUGUUCCCAGUGACUGGCUCAGUGUGGAAUCAGAACCUAAACACGUCAGUCACAAAGCUAUCCUCAUUCUAAUCAGCAUUAAUUUCACAAUAUUUAGUCAAUAUUGUGGCUAGAAAGUAUACGUAGCCUCCAUAUUGGUUAGCCUCAUUGUGUAAUUGGUAAUGGUUUUCAAAAAAUGUGUUGUGCCUUUUAUGGCAUUCAGAAAAGGCUAACUCAACACGAGUAUGAAGUAAUACAUUUUAAAGUGUUCAAGAAGAACUAACUCAAAUUCGGGCGACACGUUCCUCCGACUGCAGUGUCUAGGUUCUGUCUCUAACCAGCUCUGAUCAGACACAUGACGACCAGUACCGACAGUCAAGCAAGCCUCAUGCCUGUGAUCAAGACGCUUCAAAUAUCCUUGUAAUGUGAAACUGUCCCGCAUUUUUAAGCUUGUGUUAAAAUGUUGCAGAGGCAGCCACUUAUUCUGCCAAAUGGAAAUGUGAAACUGCCUCCUCCUGCCAUGUUUUGUUUACAUAUGCUGGUACAAACUGUAGAAAAGACUUUGGUACAAAGUUGGGUGCCUUGCUCUAAGCUGCACACACACAGUCAUACUCCAGCGAGAUAGAGGAGGCGCCAGGUGUCAGCUGAUGCUGAAGAUUGCCUUCUUGUCCUCAGCCAUUUCCACUUCUGCUUUCAUGAGAAUGCACACAUCUUUGGAAUGACUCAACCUAAAUGUCCGCCAAAAAUACAUGGGUCUCUUAUUUCAGUCUUGCCAGCUAUCAGACUUGUUCAAACCUGACUACUGAAGAAAUGGAUUUCCUUUUGCUGUGGUCAUAGCAUCAUCAGAUCUAGUGGGCCGCUGUCCUUCUUAAACGCACUGACCAGCUUCAGGGAAACAGCCACAUGUGAUCCAAAACUAUAACCUUCUUCUGUCUGACUGUGUGCUGCUUAGAGUGAGACACCUCCACACCUGUACCAUCAUCCAUGCUGUGUGUCAUUUGUUACCUCCAUUGUGCAAUAGAGCAAUAUAUUUUUUAUUUUUAUUGUUGUUUGUAUACAUUGUGAAAGCAGUCUUUUUUAUAUGUGUAGCAUUUUUUUGUUUUGUUUUUUAAAUAUAAUUAUUUAUGCGCCCUCAUCGUCCCAACAUCACCCGAAAUGUUGGUUUCUUUGAUAUGCGGGAUUGUGUUACUCCAUGAUAAGCUUCAGAAGAGAAAUUACUUUGAAUGAUCAGCUGUGAACGAUCAGAAUGGUUGAUGGUUCUACUAUCCUGAGUAUUACUGACAUAUUGAUGCUGCAACAUCUCCCUUAUUUUGACUUAUUUUGCUUUGAAGGUUUUAUUUUCCCUCCACAUUCCCUCUCUCUGGAUAGAUGGGUAACUCCUCAGAGGAAUUGUCGCUGAAGAUGCUCUGAAGUGUGUCUGUAUAGUAUCACGUCUGUUACAGUUGUCUUCUAAACAGUAAAGAACAUGAAAAGGUAGUCUUGGACUCUCCUGUUAUUUGGUUCUGUAUUAUCUGUUGGAUGUCACUUUCAACAGAUCCCUCUGUCUGAUUUGCACAAGUGUGUGGGAGGAUCCCACAGGCGUACAAAAUCUUGUUGGCGAACGUCUUCGAUGCUUGUGCGGAAACAAAUUCUAAUUUCUUGACAUAUUAGCUGUAACUCUAGCUAACUCCAUCUGCUGUUGGCAAUUGCUAACUCUCUCCGUAUGAAAUAACAGGAAAUUCCUGCCGUGGUUUAUGUUUACUCUGGUAAUGGAGAGUAGAACAAGAGGAGCCCAUUGCUGGCCGAAAAUUUGGGACGAGCCAAAUGGAAUAUAGUGGAUGUGGCAGGGUAGGGUCUAGCUUGAGUUCCUCCA